AUGUUGGGGACAUUGGAUAUUGACUGGAGAAAUCCGGAAAAGAAAUCCAUCCGUUCCCGUCCAACUUCCACCCACACUCUCAAGAUGAACGACCUUACCGCCCUCAAGUCGCUCCGCCCGAUGAUGCGCGAUCUGGACGUGUACGAUGUGCUGGACGAGUUUCAGCAGCAGCGCGUGUUCAACAACGACGAGUGUAUGGACAUUACCAACGAGCCGAACGAAAUGUUUCAGAUCGAUUUAAUGUUCUCCUUGCUGGAGGAAAAGCAGCAGCGCGAUUCGCAGAUAGUGGCCCGGUUUAUGGACGCGCUCCGCCUGUACUACGACUGGAUCGUGGAACGCUGGGAGCAGUGCCGGGGCGUGCAAACGAAGGAGUACAACCGAUACGUGGCGUACCGGAACGAGUCGUUUAUGCCCUCGCACGAAUCGAUCAGCGUGUACCGGCAGAAGCUCAGGUGGACGAUGCACAAGCACCUGAUGUCGUUGCGGCACGGUGUGGCGGAGCAUCGGUACCUCUUCGUGUGCGGCAUAAUCGGCACCGGCAAGCAGACGCUCGUCUGUCACGCCUGCGAAGACUACACCGUGGUGACGCAGAUGAAUUACAAAAUCUUCUACCUAGAUCUGGCGUACUGCAACACGCAGGAAGCGAUACUGGAGCUGCUGGAAAAGCUGCGCGUCCAGCUGGGCGACGCGGUGAAGCAGGAGGAGCGGGGCAACAACUACAGCUACCCGUCGAACAAGAUCGACUACUGGAAGCGCACCUUUACGCAGGCGUUCGCGAACGAGCUGUCGGAAAGCUUGCUGGUGCUGGCGCACGUCAACCGGCCGAGCUUGAUCAAAGACUUCGACUUUAAGUGCAAAACGGUCGUCAUCACGAAGGACACGAACGUGGUGAACGCGGUCAGCGAGUCGGAGCGGUUCGUGGUGAUGCUUCCGCAGGGCUUCACCGAGGCCGAGGGUUUGGAGCUGUUCGCAAGAGCGCUGAAGAAGAAAAACACCAUGCUGCCGCCGGAAGCGACGGAACUGUGUCGGGCUUGCAAGUACAACCCGUUCCUCAUCAACCUGAUCGCGCUGCGCAUGAGCGAGGAGUGCAAGCACGAGGUGCCAAUCAACUGGCAGCAGCACAUUGACAAUCUGGAGAACUUUAGCAUGCCGCGGCCGGAGCGGGUGUCGCGCACGAUCGCCUCGACGCUGGAGCAGUUUAGCGUGGAGGAGCAGCAGCGUUUCCGCGAUCUGGUGAUCUUCCGGGACAAUGUGCCAAUGUCGUUGCGUUUGCUGGAGAUGUACUGGGAGCUGGACAAGGACACAACGGAGGCGCUUCUAACGAGGCUGGAGCGCAGCGGGCUGCUGGAGAAGCGUGUCUGCAAGAGUAAGAUGUUUUACAUAAUGCAAUACAUUUGCUAUAACGAUAUCAAGCUUCCGCCCGGCUCCAAUAUGGUCAAUCUGCAUCGCCGACUACUCCAAAACUAUAGCAUCCGGGAGAAUCUCGCCAACCGCCGGGAGCUGGAGCUGACCAACGUGUUCCCGAACGAUGACUAUUUCCACUUCCACAUCGCCUACCACAUCGAGCAGGCCGGCGAGCAUGAUCUCUUUCCCGAGCUGUACCAAGACUUUGGCUUCCUCGAGCAGAAGCUGCGCAUUGCCGGCCUCCCCAACACGGUGGGCGAUCUGCGCAAGUACCAGGAGCACAUCUUUCCGACGGUGGACGAUCGGGAGGUGAUCAUCGAUUCGCUGAUCGAUUUCCUGAUGGCGGCGGAAUGCUUGCUGUCGGAGGAUACGCGCCUGCUGCAGCGAGCCCUCAACUUUCCCGGCCAUAUCGGCAACCUAGCGAAGCAGCAGGUGGAUCGGUACAAGAACCGGGUCUGGUUACGUGAUGUCGUGCACUGUUUCGAAUCGUCAGUCAUAAAGCUUUGCCACCGACCAGACAAGGUCCGCUUCCAGGAUGCGAACCACGUGUUUGUGUCGCUCGCCAACAACGACAUCCAGCUGUGGAAUCUGUCGGUCGAGUACGAGCUGCCGCCGAUGACGUUCAAGGGCUGCGACGGCGAUCAGAUUAAGGACGUGCAGCGCAUCAACCAGUUUCUGGUCGCGCUCAAUCGGCGCGGCUUGAUAAAGGUGUGGUCCACGAAGAACCCGCCCGACCGGCCCGACUACCGAAUGUGGGAGGCAUCGCCACGGGAAGCGGAAAUGACGCUCACGAUCACGGGCGGGUUCGCCUGUUUCAGCGUGCUGAAGCGAUCCGGACACACGGAACUGAUCGCGAUCAGCGAGUCGGGCGUGCUGUGCGUGUACAAGGUGUACAGCUCCGUGUUCCGGACGGAGAAGCCCGACAUCAAGCACCCGACGAACAUCAGGAACGCGUACCUGCUGCAACCGUUCCGCGACCUGGACAAACCGGACGGUGGCGCGGUACGACGCUGCCUGUUUCUGGUCAGAAGCGAAGACGGUACGGCACGGGGCAUCGUGUUCAACAUGAUGUCGACGAGCGUGGAGUCGUGCUUCGUGGACGAGCAGCCGCCGCUAAACGUGUACCAGCUGCCGGAGGGUUUCCUGUUCGUGAGCACGCACGAGGUGCGGCUGCGACCCCUCGAAUCGUACGGAUUGGGCCAGGCGAAAACGGUGUACGAGCGCAAGGCGUGCACCAACACGUGCAGCGUAGUGACGGAGGACAAGCGAUUUCUCGUGCUCGGUACCGAGCGGGGCAUCUCGGUGGUUAACAUUGGCGAUGGGGCGGAGGUCCGGCGCAUGAACAUUAGCCACUCGAUCGUCGAUCUGGACGUGCUGAUGGAGGACGGCAUGUCGCAGGUGCUGCUCGCGUCCAUCUCGAAGGAUGGGGAGCAUGCGAUGAACCUGUACAGCUUGCCGCUCGGCCCGGUCAGCGAUCAGUACCAGCUGGAGGGGACGACUGCCUUUCUGGCCACGCUGGACGACGAUCCGGUGCAGCUGAACACGGUCGAUCGGUACUGUCGGUUGCAGCAGACGCUGCUCCACGACGAGGAUGGUGGCGUGUCGCACGAGAAGACGUUUCAGAACAGUGCGAUCGACGCACCGGUUCUGUGUCUGGCCAAAACACGAUCGAUGUACUAUGUGGGGCUGGAGAAUGGCAAGCUGCUCGGGAUGACCCAGUGGCAUGCGGAUCCGGCUGUGGUGCACGUCGUGCUCGAACUGGGUACGGAGAUAACGUAUCUGGAAUGUUUCCGUCGCGUACGGCAAGAUGAUCUCGAGGCGAUGGACAUACUGGUGGCAUCGGGGAAGGGCGUAUGUAGGAUUUGCGUGGACGAGCGCGUCGAGCUGGAGCUGAGCGAAACGGUGCGCAAUUGUUACCUGCUGUACGAUCGCUAUCUGCUGCUGAUUGGCGAUCGGUGCUCGAUACAGAUCUACGACUUUGAAAACCAAACACUGGAACUAGUGCAGAAGGAAAUGGAGCGUACGUACGGGGCGGCAGUUUAUGGGCCACCGCCUCGCGCCGCACUGAUACUGUGCACGGCCGACGGGAUCGUGUACCAUCUUGGACUGCACCAGGCCGCCAUUGAGUCGUUCGAUUUGGCCCCGUUCGACAUGCUGCUGACAGUGAAACCGCCCCAAAGUGUCAGCGGCAGCAGCAGUCACAGCAUGCCAUCCGACGUGGGUCACCACGCUGCAACGACCGUCAUCUGCAGCUGUGCCUUAUCGGCUGACGGCGAGUUCCUAGCGAUCGGAUGCCACGACGGCCGGAUUAUACUGCACCUGAUGGAGCAUAACCGGCAGCUGGGCGUGCUGGAAUCGCACCAGUUCCCGGUGUCCGCACUGUACUUCAGCAGCUGGACGGACCCGAGCGCACCGCACAUACUGGUCAGCGUCGGCGAUCAGAUCGUCUUCUGGAGCGUCGACUAUCUGUACAACAAUCAGCCGCGCAAAAGUGUCACCAGCAUACGGCUGUCCGGUCGGUUUAACACGCGCCGAACGGCGCCCGUACCCGACGGUGCACACGUGUCAUCGCCGAGCGAGAACCGCCGAUCGUACGGUAGCAACCAUUCCGGCUUUUCGACCCCGGUCGUGGGUAGUCCCGUGAGCCGAAGCUUUCUGGGCGAACGGUUCGAGGAGUCGUCCCAGUGGUUCGACAAGCGCGGUUCCACCGUCAAGCCGCAUCUGCUCUCCUGCAUCAAGCUGAUCGGCCGGGCGAAGCGGUUGAUAAUGAACCGGGAGUUUAGCAAAUUUCUUACCAUGGAUGACGAAGGGUACAUCCAUUAUCUGCGAUUUUACCGGCCGUCCAUGAACCAUCUGCUGAUGCCACCGCCCGCCAACUUUGGAAUGCGUUCGCCGACCAUCGUCACGGCGGCGACCGCCAACACGCCAACGACCACGAAUGGCACCAACGGUGGUGGAGGUGGCGCUCAUCCCUACAUUACACACCUCAUAUGACGGUUGGUAGCAAACGAACUGACCCUGCGGUAUAUCUGCUACUACAUGUUGCUGUACAUCUUUUACACUGCCUUUACACGGUAAGAGCAACCGACAGAGACAUCCCAAUGGUGACAGGCGUCCAUGACCCGCUACGGUGCGGUUGGUUCGUUUGCUAGUUACUAGUUUGUGUGUGUGUGUAUGUGUUCGUUUUUAUUGCGUCCCGUUCAACGUAGCAUCCCCUAGAACCAACAAAAGAUAUCGAUCCCUCCCUUCACUGUGCCAACGGAAGCGACACAACAGUUGGCUGCAUUUUUUACUGCAAGUCCCUUUUAGUCACGUAAGCAUACCCCCGCAAUAGACAAUACGUGUCCGCGCUUAAGAUAAAAAAAAGUGGAGUAGGGCAAUUUGUGUGUGAUAGCUGAUUAUUUUCGGAAUAUAUAUUUUAAAUCUCACUGCGGAUGCUAGCGUAUGUCGAUUUCGGCUUUAGUAAAUGAACGUUAGCAUAAAAGGAAACGUACAGAACAGACUGAGGCGAGAAUGGUUAGAUUUCGGAAAUGCAUUUUUUAAAGCUUAAUUAAACUAUACUCAAAUGUACAGAUUUCACACCACAGAAACAUUUCGCUCAACGUCAGUGUGUGGUAAAAGCCGCGGUGCAUUAUUUCUCCCAGGCUACGGUCUGCCUGGUGGAAAGUGUGUAACUUUUUAUAGGUUAUAUAUAAAAUACUUUAUACGACAAUUUCUUUUAAUUGCGACAUUCCUUAGAUGUAAGGUCGAUUUCGUAAGAUGAGACUUUUUUUUUAAACUUAAAAUCGUGUAGAAAAUUAAUAAAAUAAAAUAGUUUUUGUAAUUAAAA